CAUAAAUAAAUAAGAUAAAAAAGAAUGGGAAGUGAACUAGUGGUUUAAGAGUGAUUUAUAUUCCUAAGACGUGAUCAAGCAUAGUUCAAUCUACGCAAAAGGUCACGUAAAAUUGGGAGGUAUUCUCCAAGGUAAUGUCAGGUGAUAGAUUUUACUCUUUACGAUGUCGAAAUGGAAAAGGGGUAACGGAGAGGGUGGAAUAGUAGUGCGAAAUGGGGUCGCGCAGGCGUGAGAAAGCAUAGUCGGUAGUGUACAGGACAGAGAGGAAAUGUACUCUUGCAUGGGAGUGUCAAUGGGCGCUCGAAGCUGUAAUCAAAACUUAAACAUGCAGCCCCGAAAUGGGAUCUGCGAUAAAAUUGAGAGUUACAUAUCCGAAUUAAGCCAGUGGUCAGUCUGGAGGACUAUCAUACUUGGUCAAUUUUUAUCAAUAGUCCUCUACUGGAUGACACAAUUAAACCAUCAUAUAAAUACAGUUUCUUUACCAAAGCUUUCAAUUCCAACAGGACAAAAUCUGCCUCACUAUGCAAUGAUGUGUCUAGUUUAUACAACUUGGAUGUCAUGUCGAGGAGCUGGAAAUGGUUUAAUUUCAGUUUUAAAAGCUCGUGGAUGGCGAUAUUUACUUCUAGCUCUUAUUGACGUUGAAGCAAAUACUCUAGUAACUUCUUCGCAUCAAUUUACGAGUUUGGCGAGUAUUCAGUUACUUGACUGUGUUGCAAUUCCGGUUGCACUUUCAUUGUCUUGUCUUGUACUUGGAGUGAGAUAUAGAAUGGUUCAUAUUGUGGGCAUAUCGGUAUGCCUAAUGGGUGUUGGAUGCCUGGUGUGGGCUGGAAUAGAUAAUAGCAAGGAUCUUGGAAUCAAUAGUAAAAAUCAACUAGUGGGUGACAUGUUAUGCCUCGGAGGAGCAGUGCUAUUUUCUGUAAUAACAGUACUUCAAGAAUUAGCAGUGAAAACAGUGGACAUCAUUGAAUAUCUAGGAAUGAUUGGAUUCUUUGGCACAAUCCUUAGUUGCAUACAAAUAGCCGUGUUAGAGAGACUACAAAUAGAAUCAGCCUCGUGGAGUACACUAACUCCAGUCGCAAUAACUGCAUUAGUAUUCUACUGUAUUACUCAGUUUGUAUUCUUUUCUCUUGUGCCUGUAGUCCUCUUCGAAUCAGGUGCAACUGCCUUGCAAUUAUUUCUUUUGACUGCAGACUUUUUCAAUGUACUGUUAGGGAUGUUGACUCAUCAGUAUAAGUUCCACACUUUAUAUUUCCUGUCAUAUACACUCUCAAUGACUGGGAUAAUCAUUUAUGCGAUAAAAAGAACUCCAAUGUCUACCAAUUCUCGAAGACAACAACAAUUGGAGGCACCUGCUCCAGAUUACAGGUAUAACAAAGUUGAUGUCAUUUUAAGACGUAUGUCACAUCCAACUGGCGGUGAAGUGGAAAUGUUAUCACCCACAGUGAUUGGACAAGAAAUCUUGGAUCUAGAUGCGAAGACAUCGACAGUCGGAAGUGAGAGAGAAACUGUGGAUGCAACGAGUCUACCACUCAGUGUCAGCUCCGACACGGCCUUCACAUCUUUUUAUGGCAGCCAAGCCAACUUGUAAAAUACACAUGACUCUUUUAGAAAAAGUGCAAUUUUUUUCCAGAUAAAUUUUUUAUUUUAACAAAAUACAAGUGUCAAAAACUUCAACAUUCGAAGAAAUUGAAUAAUAAAAGACACAAUUAAUUCAAUAAUAAAAAAGAACGUUGGAAAGAAUAAUCAAACAGCGAUUAUUUAUCUUAAGGGAACAUGAAAAUUAUACCGGUAAUUAGGAUUGAUAGAGAAAAUUAAUUAAUGGAUAAUAAACUGAGUCAUUACUCAAUUUAUUUUUUUUUUAAAUAAAUAAAGUGAAAACUUUUCGUUAAAUUGUGAUUAUAAAUGGAUAACGUAAGAUAAUA